GCUGCUGCCACCGCCGCGCGAGGCCAUGGAUGAUGUCGGAGCGGGAGUUGCUCAGGAUGAGGCCCAUCGGGGAUUAACAGGGGCGUCAGCUCUGGUGGAAGUUGAAGUAGAUGAAAUAGAUCCUGUACCCUCCAGAGAGGACUCGGAGCUCUCUUCCGGGGCCUUGUCUCCCCGGAAGACCAAAAGCACAUUGGGAGGAGUAGGAGACAGCAGAAAUGGGGACGACGGAGUCUGGACGCAAGCGACCGGGAGUGCAAAAGAAGGGGGAUGCGUGUCUCCGGAAUCAGGAGGCAUCUUGGCUGGCUCAAAUACUAGUCCCACCCCAGGGAGCAAAGGCCUACCUGGUCACGCUGCCAAGACUUUCCCAUCGUCCCCCAGCAAAACAGUGGGACCCAGCCGAGCAAAGAUGUCCCUCACCGGGACCAGCAAACCCCCAACUUCUAUCCAGAGUCUGGCUAUGCGUUUGCUAACUAUGCCUGGGUCACGUCUUCCGGGGGAUUCUGGGUCUCCCACAACAGAAGCCCCAAAUCCAGCCCCAGAUUCAGCCCCCGCUCCUGCCCCAGCGGUGGCCUCUGCUCCUGCUCAGCCUUCAGCGCCAGCCACUGAAGAAGUCAAGCCCAAGGUUCACCGAGCUAGGAAAACAAUGUCAAAGCCCAGCACUGUGCAGGUGCCUGAAAAGAGAGUCUCGGAGAUGUUACAUUUCCGUGUCUCAGAUGAUUUGAGAAGCAUUGAAGAACCAGAGGAGCCUGCGAAGCACAGGAAGUACGAUUACAUGGCGGAUGCGUUGCACAAAAGGAUUCCCCUCUCACUUCAGCGGUCAAGUCCCAGAGCAACCACGGAGAUCACAGUGACGGAAGAGAUGACGGCUCCUGCCACAGCCUCACAGGAGGACGGAGGCCAGGAGUGGGAGACUGAAGUGGGGGGCGACUUCAGCCUCUUCUACGACAGCUACUCUGUGGACGGCCACAUCGAUUCAGACAGCAAGUCUGAUGCAGAACACAUGAGUGAAGAAGAGGAGGAAGAGGAGGAGGAGGAAGAAGAGGAGGAGGAAGAAGAAGAGGAAGAGGAGGAGGAGGAGGAAGAGGAGGAGGAAGAAGAUGAAGAUGAUGAGGAAGAGGAAGAGUCAGGAAACCUCUCUGAUAGGAGCACCACCUCCAGCUCCAGACGCAAAGCCCGGAAGCGCUGGCGGCACGACAGUCCCUGGAUCAAGCCGUCCCGAAAACGCAAGCGCAAAGAGCCACUUCCCAAGGAAAACAAAGGUCUGAACGAUGGCCCGUCAGCCACCCAGAGCGAGUAUACGGAGGUGCCUCUUGGCUGCCUGGAACUGCCCAACGAGGGGGCGCUGUCCCCCAACAAUGCUGGAGUGUCUAAUGAGACAAGUUCUCUGGAAACCGAACGUUUUGAGGAACUUCCGCUGUGUUCUUGCCGCAUGGAAGCCCCGACCAUUGAGCGGCUUAGCCAGCAGGCUGGAAAUCAGUGCAUGGCAACCGAGAGUGCUGAUGGGGAGCUAAACGGCUGCAGCAGCAGCAUCUUAAAGCAAGAGACCAUGCGUCCCUCCAGCCGGGUUCCGCUCAUGGUCCUGUGCGAAGCCCAUCGUGCCCGGAUGGUGAAGCAUCAUUGCUGCCCUGGGUGCGGCUACUUCUGCACAGCGGGCACCUUUCUGGAGUGCCACCCUGACUUCCGUGUGGCUCAUCGCUUCCACAAAGCCUGUGUUUCCCAGCUCAACGGCAUGAUCUUCUGUCCACAUUGUGGAGAAGAUGCUUCGGAGGCCCAGGAGAUCACCAUAGCCAAGGCAGAUACCUCCACGCCUGUCCCCAUCCCACCAUCGCAUGGCCAAGGCGCUUCCGAGUCCACCGGCCGUGCUGACACCACCCAGCCCAGCGCUCGGAUGCGUGGGGGCUCAGGUGUUGAACACCCACCAGAUGAUAUGAUGGGCUUCGGAGGCCCCGGCAUUGAUAGCGCAGGACCACGGCUGACUCUUCCUAACGGGGCUGUGCUUUCAGCCCAAGGAUUGCCACCAGGGGUUGGACGGGAGCAACUGGAGCGGGCCCUGGUGGUGCAGGAGUCCGAGCGGCGCAAGAAGCUACGAUUCCAUCCUCGUCAGCUGUAUCUCUCAGUAAAGCAAGGGGAACUCCAGAAAGUGGUCCUGAUGUUGUUAGACAGCUUAGACCCCAAUUUCCAGACUGAACAACAAAGCAGACGUUUCCCACUUCAUGCUGCGGCACAGAAGGGCUACCUGGAAAUCUGCCAUGUUUUGCUGCAGGCUGGAGCCAACAUAAAUACGGUGGACAAGUUGCGUCGAACCCCUUUAAUGGAGGCUGUUGCAAACAACCACGUGGAGCUAGCUCGUUACUUGGUCAAGAGGGGUGGUUGUGUGUACACGAAGUCCUGUGCCUUUAAUAAAUAUACGACAGGCAGAAAUUGCCCAUCUUCAGUUGUUUUGACACAUAAUGGUUCAAUUUCUAUGUGUCUUGCUGCUUUUAAAAGGGAGGAUGACGGAUCCACCUGUCUCCAUCACGCUGCCAAGAAUGGAAAUGUGGAGAUGGUCAGCUUGCUCCUUUCCACGGGGCAGGUGGAUGUCAAUGCCCAGGACAACGGAGGUUGGACCCCCAUUAUUUGGGCCGCUGAGCAUAAGCACAUUGAGGUGAUCCGUAUGUUGCUCACCCGGGGAGCUGACGUCACCUUGACUGACAAUGAAGAGAACAUCUGCUUGCACUGGGCCUCCUUCACAGGAAGUGCGGAGAUUGCCGAAGUCUUACUGAAUGCCCAGUGUGACCUCCAUGCUGUCAAUUUCCACGGAGACACGCCUCUGCACAUAGCUGCCCGGGAGAGCUACCACGACUGUGUCCUCCUGUUCCUGUCAAGGGGAGCCGACACUGAGAUACGGAACAAGGAGGGGGAUUUGCCGGUGGACCUGACCUUGGAGAACUCAGAUGUUUGGUUUGCCCUCCAGCUCAAUCGCAAGAUCCGCCAAGGCAUCCUUAACCGUUCUGUGCGCACGGAACGCAUCAUCAGCAGGGAUGUAGCUCGUGGCUACGAAAAUGUGCCCAUUCCCUGUGUCAACUCUGUGGACGAUGAGCCCUGCCCAGAUGAUUACAAGUACAUCUCGGAAAACUGUGAGACCUCCACCAUGAACAUUGAUCGCAAUAUCACCCACUUGCAGCAUUGCACGUGCCAAGAUGACUGUUCCUCCAGCAAUUGUCUUUGUGGACAGCUCAGCAUCCGCUGCUGGUAUGACAAGGAUGGACGUUUGCUACAAGAAUUCAACAAGAUUGAGCCCCCUUUGAUCUUUGAAUGUAACCAGGCCUGCACCUGUUGGAGGAACUGCAAAAACCGGGUGGUGCAAAGUGGCAUCAAGGUUCGUCUGCAGCUGUACCGAACUGCAAAAAUGGGAUGGGGGGUCCGUGCCCUUCAGACCAUCCCCCAGGGAACCUUCAUAUGCGAGUAUGUAGGAGAGCUGAUUUCCGAUGCAGAAGCUGAUGUAAGAGAAGAUGACUCGUACCUGUUUGAUCUAGACAACAAGGAUGGCGAGGUCUACUGCAUCGACGCCCGUUACUAUGGCAACGUCAGCCGCUUCAUCAACCACCUGUGUGACCCCAAUAUCAUCCCCGUACGAGUGUUUAUGUUGCACCAGGACCUGCGCUUCCCCCGCAUUGCUUUCUUCAGCAGCCGGGACAUUCAGACUGGCGAAGAACUUGGAUUCGACUACGGGGACCGUUUCUGGGACAUCAAAAGCAAAUACUUCACCUGCCAGUGCGGUUCGGAGAAAUGCAAGCAUUCGGCGGAAGCCAUUGCCCUGGAACAGAGCCGCCUGGCCCGCCUGGAGGCCCACCAGGACGUGCUGCCGGACAGCAGCAGCUUCCCCUCCUCCCAGGUUUAAGCUGGGUCCUGCUGCCCAUCCUGCAUGUGAAGUCGCUCCUCCUCCUGGCCCCGGCCCUCCCCCGGCCCCGCCCCUUUCUCCCACCCGCCGUCGACUGUCCUCUUGGCCAGGUCUUUGGAACGCCGAGGCCGCUCUUCUCCAAGUGGAAUUUGCCUUAAGAAACGCCAAGUGGGUGGGAGGAGAGAAGA